AUGAUUUCUAAAUCUCGGAAGCGCUCUAAAUCUCGGAAGCGCGCCGCCACUUCUUAUGGUACCGUUAAAAACGAGAAUCUUGCCGACUGUCCGUUCACCGUGAACGUCGUCUCAGAGCCUCCAGAGCCGAAACGCAGCGAGAGGGUCGGCCCCAUGCCUAAGAAGAGGAAGCAUGGAAAAUCUGAGAACACCAACCAAAAUGCCACUGUUAUCUUUUCGUAG